GGUGUUGCGCGGAUUUCCGCUUCCGCGUGCUGUAUCGGAGCUACGCUCCCGGGGUUGAGCGGCAUGCUCAACAAUAUCACCGCCGGUGGUUCCGUACACGGUAUCUCCGGAGCGAAGGAUGCACAAGAUCUGAAGCGGUACGAGAAAGAGCACGGCGUGCUGGGUGUGAAUCUGGGCUCCGGUCUGUCCGCGGGUGGUGGCCUCACGCUUCAUCAGGAACUGAUCAUGACUAUGCCCGGCGCAGGUAGCGCGGCGGGGAUCGGGCAAGGUGAUGAUAAACCUGCGAAGCAAAAGCGACAUCGGACGCGUUUCACUCCGGCUCAGCUCAACGAGCUCGAAAGGUGUUUCGGCAAAACUCACUACCCGGAUAUUUUUCUGAGGGAGGAAAUAGCACUAAGGAUCGGCCUCACGGAAAGUCGCGUUCAGGUAUGGUUUCAAAACCGACGAGCGAAGUGGAAGAAGCGCAAGAAGACAACCAACGUGUUCCGAUCCUCGGGAUCGCUGCUACCGUCGCACGGUUUGCCUCCCUUCGGACCGAUGACCUCCGACUUAUGCACCGGAAUGUUUCAUACUCCUGCGGACAGAUGGGGAAUGGGGACAGGUCUUGGACAAUUGCAAAGCGGCAUGACGAUGAGUGGCUUUGGGCAGCUCGGUCAACAAAGCACGGGAAGUUUAGGUUCUAGCCUUAGUCUCGGCAACUCCGGACUGCCGAUCAACAGCCCAUCGCAAUCCGUCUACCACACCAACUACGGACUCAAUUCUAUCAGUGGUGUUCACGUAUCGGCGUCCCGAGGUUCGCCACCAGUGGGUUCCUCGGUGGGCGGUCAAGCCGGGAUGGGCUCAGGUUUGAACUGCGGUCAGGGCUCUCCGGGCACGACUUCCGGUACCGGUGGCAGCGGCAGCGGCGGUACCGGAGGUGGCGGCGUUUCCUGCGUGGCCGACGUGAGCGCGAACGAAGGAUCGGAUUGGAGAGGCGCCCACAGCAUCGCGGCGCUCAGGCGUCGCGCCUCGGACGCCUCCGCCCAACAGUACAGUCCACAACCGCCGCCGCCAGGACCACCUCAGUAUACCCACGACAUGGAGUACAGUCCUGUUUAUCAAGGCGUCGUCUGAACCGUUUCUUCGAGACGGUAUCCACGGAGAAAAAACUGCCGGCCGGUAGAAGCUUACCAUAAUCCAUGGAACGAGUACUCCUCUCUGUUCUGUCGACGGCAAUCGCAAGAUCGACUGCGUUUGAUUCUGCAGAAGAGCAAGAGCGCGGAGCAAGCGCGAUCGAAGAGAUUUAUCUAGUUGGCUAUCGUAAAUUUAAAGGUUAAAAAAAUGUGGCGAGGUCAAGAUCGACGAUAUUAGAACGAUCUAAAUUCGAUGGAGGCCCAAAAUCGUUCAUCCUUUGGAAUUUAUAGCCAAUGAGGCAAUAGCAAUUAAUAAUGACGGAAUUAGAAUGGUUAGAUAAUUUCGGAUGUUUUAACGGAGCGGUAGUGAUUCGGCGAUUACGAAAAAUUCAACGCA